AAAAAAAUAACAGAAGUCCAUAAAAAACAUUAAAGUAAGUGCUGUCAACUCGGCCCUUACAGCGCCAAUUUUGGCUUCUUUUGACCCCACAUUCAGUUACAUGACGAUUUUUAUUUUAAAAACAUAUAUCAUAAAAUGUCAGGCAAUUUUAAGGCGAAAAUCAUCAAAAUUUUCUGAAAAUCCUUUAGCGCUUUUUAGAGCCCGUACUUAUUUAUUGGAGACAGUUGGCAACAGUGGGGAAGACAAAUUUGUUUACAAAUGUCAAAUCUAUAAGUAAAAUGUGUUAUAACGGAUAGAUUUUCGUUCGAUUCAAAUAUUUUUUGCGAAAACAAAAGAAGUGAAAUAAACUUUUUCGAAUAUUGACUUAAAAUUUUAUUGUCACAGGAUCAAAAUUCGCCAUGUAUGAAAUAACAUCAAAUGAAACUACAUACAAAGUACCAUUGGACAAGUUAGAUUUAAGCUACUUACACAGGCACUUUGAUAAUGGUUCAGCUAAGUCAAUGCCGUUAUGGAGUCUUCCCAUUGGUGAACAAUAUUAUAAAUUCAAGCUCAACGCUUGGAGGGUGCCUGCAAGUGGGCAUGAGGAUGAAACCAUUGACGACCUCUCAUAUGACACUCAACUAUGCCAUAUUUGCAACAUACAUGUUCCACUACAAUACAUAAAUGAGCACAGAAACAGUAUAACUCAUACUAAUAUGAAGAAAAUACAAGAUUUAAUAUUACGGCGAGGUAAAAAGAGUCUUAAUUGCAAUGCCGUAACAUCGAAAUCAGAUGCUAAUUAUUACUGCGACGAUUGUUCAAUAGUUGUUUCGAAAAGCAGAAAAGAAAAACACGAAUCAUCAUAUACUCAUAAGAUGUCUCUAAGAAACAAAGAUUUGAUCGAAGAGUUCCUGAAAUUCUAUUCGAAAGAUUUGUACGAUGUGAAUGUUAAGAAAACAUUACUAUACCAAGAAUAUUACAAUAAGUUUGUUAACAGAAAGAAUCUGUCAUACAAAAUUGAAAUUGUCGACGAUGAUUUUCUAUCAGUUAUUAUAAAGGGAAAGCAUCUAAAGAUAGACGCUGAUAAAUAUCACGGUUUCAUGAAAACUGACGUUGAACUAAUUUGUGUUCUAUGUGAGGUUCAAUUUAGAGCGGUCAUUGAAAUAAUCAAGACCCAUGUAGAAGGAAAAAAGCAUCGGAAAAAGAUAGCUUGUGAUAUGCAUGACGAGCAUUGUAUUCGCGAGAUAAACGACCUCAUCGCUCACUGCGUGCUUUGCAACGAAUUAAUUCCACGAGCCAGAAUCGCCGGCCACAAGGUUCUGAUUUCACAUUUAGUUAAACUUUAUCGCGCACAAGGUAAAAAAGAUAUCGAAGAUUUUAACAAAAACUAUGUAAUAACUGGAGAUAAUAAGUUUAGGAAUUUAACCGAUGAAGUAACUGAUCAUGUAGGUAAUAUAAGUGAAAGUAGUUCUCAAGAAUAUAAGGAAGAAGUAGGUAAUAAUGGGAACUGGGCAAUGGUACAAAAUGAAAAUUUAACAUUCGAUAAUACCUCUUACAUCAAUCAAACAUAUUGCAAUGUAUGUUCUGUAUAUAUAGACACACAUAAUUUUAAAAGUCAUACAAUGGGUAAUAUUCAUAAACAGUUACAAUCCAGUAAAUGUAAAGUUGAUGAGAAUAAUCUCGUAAAAAUAAAGAAUAUUAUUAACAUGGAUUUAGCUGUACAUGGUGACGAUGUAAAGUUUACAGCAUCAAAUAUAUUGUCUGACGCUACAAAUGUGGUUGAAGAGCGCAAUGUAAAAGUAAUUGAUACAAAUAAAAUUCGUACUGAUCUGGAAAACGAAAUUACUAAACCAGUUUCAGAAAAUAACGUUCAAAAUUCUGAUUUAGCGUCAGAAUUAAAAGAAGCAUCUACCUCUACUAUGGUUAAAAUAGAUAAAUCCACAUCUGAUUCUUCUAUAGAAAAAAUUGAUUUAAGAAACGUUAACGAUAAAAUAUCAAAACCAAAUAAUUACACUGAACUUUCAGAAACGGAAUCAAUAGAAAUUCCAUCAGAUUUUAUGGAAAAUAUAAAAUAUCUGCUCCUUGAAACAAUCAUUGAAAAAGAAAUAAUUUGCAAAAUGAAGAAGAAGUUGAAUAUUCAGAUGAAGAAGAAUUUGAAUACUCAGAUGAAGAAGAAGUUGAAUAUUCUGAUGAAGAAGAAUUUGAAUACUCAGAUGAAGAAGAAGUUGAAUAUUCUGAUGAAGAAGAAUUUGAAUACUCAGAUGAAGAAGAAGUUGAAGUUUACGAGCAACGCUAUUAUCAAGUUGCUGUAA